AUAAGGAAGGAUUCUUCGUCGUCGUCCUCCUCGAUCGGAUUUGGUACCUAACCAAACCUCUAGGGUUUGACACAGAGAGAGAGAGAGAGAUGGAGGCCGAGCUGGUGGAGGCAGAUAUAGUAGUUCCGAUGAAAUUGAGCUUUAAGAAGAUACAGGCGUAUGAAAAGUACCCAAAGGGUCAGUCUCGAGGAAGGUGGAAACACCUCAAGCAGAUUCUUCAAGCAGAGAAUUUCCAAGAUUAUCCUCCCGAAGAACCCAAUUAUAUGAACAUAGAGUCGGCUCCAUCGACUCAACCAUGCAAGAGAAUUUGCGACAUAACUGGAUAUCAGGCACCAUAUGUAGACCCAAGAACGAAUCUGCGGUAUGCAAAUGCGGAUGUGUUCAAGACUCUAAGGUCACUCUCUACCGAGCAAGUCCAGCAGUAUCUCUCCAUUCGCAAUGCUGCUGUUGUUCUCAAGUAGCUUGCUUCUUCAGCUCACACAAGACCAGUCCAUAUCUCUUAUUCUUACUUGUAUAACCAUUAUUAUGUUGAUCGCUUUUGUGCACCUUAUUAUAAGGGACAUGGUUCUAAAGUUUUCAAACAUAUUUGAAUUA